AUGCCAUCCAGAACUAUCUCUCUGAUUUCAUCGCGCAAAAGUGCCUCCCAGAGAUCGCAGUUCGCUAUAUUUGUACCAAAUGCGUCAAAUGCAGACGAAGGGACUCUGAUUCAAGCCGCAGGGGCUCCGAUGACAGGAUAUGCUCUGGAGUUCAAGCGGAACUACUGCCCAGAAGAUGGAGAAGAAGAAUUCACUGUGUUUCCUAUCGGCGAAACUGACUCGGCCCAUAUCGUCGAUUCUCCUCCAGGAGUUAAAAGCACAGAUCGAAGUCCGCAGGGGGAUCUGGAAACUGCUGCGGCUGAGAUAUCGACCCCUGGGGUCUGUGAGAACUUCCUUGCACCUGUGACAGAUUUCAACAACAAGCAGUCUCAGGAGUGGACGAUGGAAUAUAUUCGCCAUCUCGUGAGCAAAAGACUGAUUGACUCCGACGCAAUUCGAAUAGUACAAUCCAAACGUGAUCCACCAAGCCAUGGUGUGGGGCUUCAAUCUAUGCUUCGUGGUGGAAGUUAA